AUGAAAACAACGCAGCACAAAGUUGCACUGAGCUCUACACGUCCUGGCCGCCAUGCAUCAGCAGGAGAGGGGGACCCUACAAAGCAGGAAAAGCAAUUGAUUGCUAAGGAAUUGGUUUGUAGUGGGGAGCGAGCCAGGAUUCGGCUCAAAGCCCUACCCUACGAAUUUGGCGAGACGAACACCGAAGGUGUCAUUCCUGACAAGACACGUAUCAUCCAAGAGUGGGCUUCAUUGAACAACCAGGGUCUCAAUCCCUCAGAUCAUGAGGUAGAGGCUUUGCAACAAAGGCCAGGUCUGAGUUCAACUCAAAUCUCCAAAUGGCUACAGAAAGAGCAGGGCAAGAUCUUCAAAGCUACACAGCCUCACCACGACGGUCAGAUCAUCCCACAACGAAAGCGGAAGCGGACGGCGAAAGGCUCUGGGUAUAGGGCUGCUCUUGAAAACUGGGUCCACGAACAUGAGGGUCGCCUUUGGCAGAAUGACGAGGAGUUCACGGAUACGCUGCGGAACUUAUCUUGCUCAAAGAUACAGGUCACGGGCUGGUUUGCUUACCGCCGCAAGAAAGCAAAACUCGAGCUUGAACGUGCAUUCAAAGAUCCUCGCGGCUUUAUUGCUCGCAACGGCCAAGACGGAGACGAGAUCCUCUGGGAAUUUUUUUCGGCUAUUCACUCAGGCGUAACUCCCCCCUGUGCAGGGAAAAGCUUAGCAGCAGGCUUGCUUGGCCUCCCUGUCGAGUUGAUUGCCAAACUCAUCGAUGCGAUCAGAGAGAAACCCGACUACGCCUAUGAAGUCGAGACAGGCAAGAACCAAAAGAGAAGCGACAGCGUUGACUCGGACGACGGGGCUGCGAAUGAACGUCAAAGCGGCAAUCUGCCACAUAAUCCUGCGGACACUGACUUCACCUUCGAUGGCAACACAGAUUCUGCUGUUACUCUUACAGAUACUAUCGAGCCCUUCCCUACCCUUUGA